CGUCACUCCACACAUACCUAUAAAGCCUGUAAACUUUUGCAAGGCUUCCAUUCCAGCUGCCAAGUGUAGACGGAACACCUGAUGAAAUCGCAAUCCCGGUAAAAGGAUACUCAGACGUCUACUUGCACAGCUGUAACUACGCCCAGAUCCAAUCAGCUGCCGAGUAAGGAAGUACUAGAGCCGAGUCGAGCGACAAGAUACACAGGGAAGAGAACGAGCAUCGCGAGCAACAACGAGCACGAUGAGUGAUGACAUGGCGAUCAGCACCAAGCCGAGUGGCGCCGCGUUUGAAGUGAUACUGGCGCCACCGCAUUCGGACCCGCCCGGUAAACUGCAGGAAAGGCCUCACUCAUCUACUCCCCUCAGCGCAGAGCAGCUCGAAAGCAGGCUGCAGGCAGCCGAGGAACGUAGGAAGAUGAUUGAAGCACAGAAGAAGGACCAGGUGCAGAAGAAGCUAAAACAGGCGCAAUCAAAGAAGGCCGAGCACGACGAACAAUUCGUACAGGAGGCGGAAAACAAGCUGCAGAAAAAACUGGAAACGAACAAGGAAAAUAAGGAGGCGCAGGAGAAGGCAUUACAGGAGCGCCUUCACGAGCGUGAGCAGCGCGUUCUGCAAGUUCGAAAACUCGGCGAAGAUAAAGCGCGUGACGUCUGCGAGACGAAGCGAGAACUCAUCGAUAGGAAACACGGAGCAGCGCAAGAACUCAAGCGGCUACAGGAUGAACAGCUGAUGGAGAAACUGAGAGAGCACGAGCGACGUGUGAACGAUGUCCGGCAGACGAGCGAGACCUAUGUGCAGGAGAAUGCAAAGCGCGUAGAAGAGAGAUUCGGCCAGAAGAUGGGAGAGGCGCACCGUAACCGCAGCGUACAACUGCAAGCAAUCCAGUCGAAGCGCAGGAACCAUGAGCUACACGUGGAUGAGGUGCGCCAAACAUGCGAGCAGUAUCUACAAGAAGUCGGAAAAGUCACAGAGGAGAAACUAGCAAAGAAAAUGAAAAUUGCCUCACAAAAUAGAGAUAUUCAUCUGAGCGCAGUUCAAAAGAAGUUAAAGGAUCGUGAGAGACAUGCGGAAGAGGUAAGACGCCAAAAGGAGCAGAGACAGCAAGAGGAGCAACAAGGAAAUUAACCGCCUGACAUUCGCCUUGACGCCGAAGAUCAUCCAUUACUGUAUACACGCACACAUACACGCACACGCGCGGCCCGCACGCAUACACAACCCCGGGCGCGCGCGCGCACACACACACACACACACACACACACACACACACACACAUACGCGCACA